AUGAAAAAAAAUAAUAAAAAGUCGUAAACCACUAAAAUCAAGGUAACUCCUUGUUCCAAUGAUCGUUACUAUAUGGAUUAGCAGAUCGACGAAGAUGUCUACCUAAAAUAAAAUUAUAAGGUUGUAAGGGAAAUGGGUAGAGGAGGCUAUGGAGUUGUUUAUAAAGCGUAUGAAAUAAUUCAUAAAACUUAGUUUGGGACUUAAUUAGGGUCAAAUUGAGAAAACCAAAAAAUAUGCCAUCAAAGUUAAUUUUUCAACAGUGUCUCCAGAAUUGAUUUUUGCAGAGAUUGGAUUUUUAAAAUUAGUGUACGGUAAGGAGAAUAUGCCACAACUGGUGAAUCUAUUUUUGAAGGAUCAAAAAAUAUACAUCGUAAUAGAAUACUUUACUUAUAAGCCAUUCAUUGUAAAUAUUUCAUUUUAAAAAAGACAUUCUUUGCUAACUUUGACAUGAUGCAAAUAAGAAAAUAUCUCUAUGAAUUAUUGAAGGCAUUAAACAUUUUAAAACAAAAUGGAAUCUAUCAUAGAGAUGUGAAACCUGGCAAUUUUCUUUACAAUCCUAAAACCUGCAAGGGAAUUCUGAUUGAUUACGGUCUCAGUGAAAUUGAUAGGUCAUUUGUUGCAAAACUGAUAGAAAAAGAGAAGGAUCUGUCCAAGAAUGUAAGAAUUGAGUAAACUAUAUUUAACAGAAUCCUUAAUCAGAUGAAGUCUAAGAGAUAAGAAGGAAAAUCAAUUUAUAUAAUGAAAUUUAAAAAACAAUCGAUUAAAUAGGAUAAAAUAAAAUCGGUACAGAAAGCUUUAUGCCUUUGGAAAGUAUCUUACAUUACCAUGUAUAAUAUCAUAUUAAGUUUAAAUAUAGGAUCAAUCCUAUGAAGUUGAUAUGUGGGCAGUUGGAGUUAUAUUUUUACAAUUUUUAACGAAGAAAUACAAUCUAUUUAGUAAUGUCAGAAUGAUCAAUAAACCUGCCAAUACAAAAAAUUUCUUCUAUGUUAACUUUAUCUUGGAGUUAGCCAGCUUAUUCGGAUCUGAAUAAGUAAGGUAGAUUUGUGAUUUGUUCGGUAAGAUUAGAUUAUGAUGUAGAAUAUGAUUUAAAAUUGCCAUCAGUGUCAGCAACAAAGCCAAUCAAAUGGAAAUAAAUAAUAAACAUGGAAGGGUUUGAUGAUAAUGCUGAGGAUUUAUUGACAAAAUUGCUUUGUUUGCAUCCCAAACAGAGAAUUAAAGUUGAAGAUGCAUUAAAGCAUCCUUUUUUUUAAACUGUGAUAUCUUAAGAAGCGCAAGCAGAUACAAACUUUUAAUAAGAAUAGGAAUUUAAUGUGAUUAAACAAAUUGAAAUAUGA